CAGGGAAGACGCGUCCUUGUCGGGCAGGUGUCGAGAGGAGUCAGGCGCUGGCGCGGGCUGCCUCUUUCGCUGUGGCCAAUUUGGGUGCCCCUUGGCUGGUGAGCACCGCCUCUUGGAAUCUCCUGACGCCGGAACAAGAAAGCAACAGAAAACGAGAGAGUAAGAUUGAAACCCUCCAAUCCCGUCCCAAAACAGGAGACGGCUGGGAGGCCACGAAUGCCCUAAAUGGCGGGGUUUCAUUUUACGUUGCACCCCUUUUUCGUCUUACGGUAGCGGUGCGUCACCCCACCUCCAGGGCUGGAAUUCUCCUUGAUCCGAGGCGGGAGCUGCCCUCAGUGGUCCGUCUGGAGGGCGCAACCUCUGGAGGAAGCCUCAAUGGUGGGAGCGGGCGCUGAUCCGGAACACAGUCGUGAGCUGUCAACAGCCCGUCUGCCUUUUUGCUCGCUCCCCCGUCCACGCGUCUGUCGUGCACAGAGCUUAGGUUGCUAUCUGCUGGCCCCUACCAUCACCUCUCCAUAUUCCUAGGACCUACCUAUAGUUACCUGGCAGUUACGCCGCUAUUUGAUUGAGCUAUAUAGGCCCGACCCGCCGUCGUCGAGUCUGCGAUUUCUUCUGCUGCCCCAGCUUCACACUCCACCUCCUACAACAGACCUGCCUACAAACUUUGCCCCUCAUCAUUCCUUAGAUCCUCAACACGCAAAACCUCCCUAUUUACUGUCUUCCCUCUCAGUCAUCGCAAUGGUACACCUCUCCAAGGUUUCGGACGCCAGCGAGCUGGACGAAAACCUCGUCCAGGCUGUCAAGAAGGUCCACCUGCAGCUUGCCAACGACGAUGACUGCUUCACCACAUCUGUUUACGGCUCCCGCUUCGCCGUCGACGACCUCCCCAAGUAUGAGAUGCCCGAGCGCGAGAUGCCCAAGGAAGUAGCCUACCGCAUGAUCAAGGACGACCUCAGUCUGGAUGGGAAUCCGAUGCUCAACUUGGCUUCGUUUGUGACUACGUACAUGGAAGAGGAGGCCGAAAAGCUCAUGACUGAAUCGUUCCCCAAAAACUUCAUCGACUACGAAGAGUAUCCUCAGUCAGCAGACAUCCAGAAUCGAUGCGUGUCCAUGAUCGGCCGUCUCUUCUACGCCCCCAUCGGCGCGGGCGAGGGUGUCGGUGCCGUGGGCACGAGCUGCGUCGGCAGCUCCGAGGCCAUCAUGCUCGCCGUCCUGGCCAUGAAGAGGCGCUGGAAGAACCGGCGCCUGGCCGAGGGGAAGCCUGUUGACCAGCCCAACAUCAUCAUGUCCUCGGCCGUCCAGGUCUGCUGGGAAAAGGCCGCGCGCUACUUUGAGGUUGACGAAAAGCUCGUCUACUGCUCCCAGGACCGCUUCGUCAUCGACCCCAAGCAGACGGUCGAUCUGGUAGACGAAAACACCAUCGGCAUCUGUGUGAUUCUUGGUACCACAUAUACCGGCGAGUACGAGGAUGUCAAGGCAGUCAACGAUCUCUUGAACGAGAGGGGGCUUGACACCCCAAUUCACGUCGACGCUGCCAGCGGAGGCUUCGUUGCCCCGUUUGUCAUGCCCGAUCUCGAGUGGGACUUCCGUUGCGACAGGGUCGUUUCUAUCAAUGUCUCUGGCCACAAGUACGGACUUGUCUACCCAGGUGUGGGCUGGGUUAUUUGGCGGUCGGCUGAAUUCCUCCCCAAGGAGCUCGUCUUCAACAUCAACUAUCUCGGGGCAGAUCAGGCUUCCUUCACCCUCAACUUCAGCAAGGGCGCGUCUCAGGUCAUCGGACAAUACUACCAGCUGAUCCGGCUGGGAAAGAAAGGCUACCGGGCCAUCAUGUCCAACCUGACGAGGACGGCAGACUACUUGUCCGACAGUCUCGAGGCAAUGGGGUUCGUAAUCAUGUCCAAAAAGUCGGGCGAGGGUCUGCCGCUCGUGGCCUUCCGCCUUGCGGAUGUGGAGGAAGCCGAGGCCGGCGACGAAGACUCGAUCGAGUCGAGCAUGUCACAGCGUCACUACGACGAGUCCUCACUGGCGCACCAGCUCCGAGUCCGUGGCUGGGUUGUGCCAGCAUACACCAUGGCACCGCACACGAACAACCUCAAGAUGCUGCGCGUCGUGGUACGUGAGGACUUUUCACGCAAUCGCUGCGACGCCCUUAUCAGCGACAUCAAGCUGUCCGUAUCAGUGCUCGAGGCCAUGAACAGGAAGGAGGUCGAGCGCCACCAGGACCUCAUCAACAAGCAUGGCACCGCCAGCGGCAAGGCCACUCACAAUCCCCUUGAGUACAGGAACGAGCAGCACUCCAUCCAGGGCAAGACAGGGAAGACGCAUGCUGUCUGCUAACUAAGCUUUAUCGAUAUCGCUCGUUUGAACUGGUUCGAUUGGCGGCUGGGUCGCUACACAUGUCCUGCGCUGGGUAGAAUGGCACUUAGCAUUACGGUCUCUUUACGAUUAUGGUACGGUAGAUUUUAAAAUGACAGUUAUAGAUGUCUCUCGUUCGAUUACUCUCCCUGGUCACUUCCGCGUUCUUCAUAAUCCCUUCAAGGAAGCAUCAGGUCUCUGCUGUAUGUGUUAGCACACCAUGAGAUUGAAGACAUCAUCCCUCUAGGCCAACGGGGGCCAUUUCAAAGGCUGGUU